AGAAACCUUCGCCGGCGGUAAUCAUCACCUAACUCAAACCUUCGCCGGAAGACCUCCAACGGCCGAAUUCCUUUACCGCUCCUUUUCAGCUUCCUCUCAAACGGCUAUUAUCGCACAGUUUCGUUUCUCGUUUGCUCAUUUACUUGUGUCUCUGUUUCCGACUAGUUUUCAUUUUUUAUUUUUAUAAGGUAUAUGAUUUAACGGUUUGAUGGAUUCACGUUCAUCACCUCCUGAUAUCAACAUUAAACCUGAGCAUUGUCCAGAAGCUGUGAUUGAAUGGUACCGUGUAACGAGUUUAAAAGAUCGUAAAGAAAGUGCUAGUAGAAAGGAUUUGGCUUUGAAAGCAAAACAACAUCUUCUUUCUUUGGGUUGGAAGUUUUGGUAUAUUGAUAAAAAAGUUAGGUGGGAAUUGCGUUAUACUUCUCCUACUAAUGGUAAACACUAUAUUUCUUUAAAAACGGCUUGUGAGAGUUGCAUUGAAGAAGGAGGUUGUAGUGGCAAACAGCCUUCAACCGCACUGGCAACUGUCAUUUCUUUGUCUCCGUCACAGCCGAAGAAGCGACCGAGACAAUUCGAGGAAACCAAUGAUUCGACUUCUGAGGAGGAUUCUGAAUAUAAAGCUACAUCGAGUACGGUUUCAAAUUGGAAGGAAUCAAAGGAAAAAGAGAAAAAUGUGAUUCAAUCUGAACCAGAGGUUACUACUAAUUCAGUUGGUUUUGGUAAAAGAGGGAAGGUAUUUAAGAAGGGUGCAAAGGAGAAGAAUUUAGAGGGAUGUGAUAAAAGAGGGAAAGCAUUCAAGAUGAAUAAUUCAAAGGGUUCUGGUAAAAGAGGGAAAGUAUUAAAGAUGAGUGUGAGGGAAAGGUAUACUCUUGUUUCUUGGUUGAUAAGUCACCGAGUUUUGGCUUCAGGGACUAAUGUGUUAUGUCGUGGUAGUAACAAUGUGGUAAAACAAGGGAGGCUUUCUAAUGAUGGUAUAAUUUGUGAUUGUUGCGACGUGAUUUUCACUGUCACUGGAUUUGAGGCUCACGCCGGUUGUACAAGACAUAGACCAUCCACGAGUAUCUGCUUGGAGGAUGGAAGAUCGUUAUCGCAAUGUCAAAGGGAAGCUCUGAAUUUGCGUAAUCCCAAGGGGGAUCAUUUUUUGAGUGAUGAAAAGUCUGAUGAAACUAACGACAAUGUUUGUGCUAUUUGUGGUUUUGGAGGUGACAUAGUACUGUGCGAUCGAUGUCCUUCUUCGUUUCACCUAAUCUGUUUAGGUUUUGAUCGAGUCCCCGACGGUGAUUGGUUUUGUCCGUCAUGUAGCUGUAAAAUAUGCUAUCGACCGAGAUGCAAAGAAGAAUGUGCAAAUCAUGCUGAUAACAAUGUUCUUGUUUGUGUUCAAUGUGAGCAAAAAUAUCACUUUGGGUGCGUAAAUGCUACCGGAUUUAGUUCUUGUCACUCGGACAGCAAUGCUAAAAAGAAGAAUUGGUUUUGCAGUGUAGUUUGUGGGAACAUGUUUUUAUGUCUACAAAGGCUGAUAGGGAAACCGAUUUCGGUUGGUGAUAAUCUAACUUGGACAUUGUUGAAGAAUGUGAGUAGUGUUGAUGAUGUUGGAAAUUUUACUUUUGAUGAGUUUGGUCCAAAGGAGAGUAAGUUGAAUGCGGCACUUGGUGUAUUGUAUGACACUUUUACCCCAACUAUUGAUGCUAUAACAGGAAGAGAAUUGAUUAAAGAUAUUGUUUUUAGUAGAGAUUCAGAACAUGUUCGCUUGAACUUUAGUGGUUUCUAUAAUGUGGUUUUAGAGAAAAUGGGUGAAAUGAUUUCAGUAGCUACUAUAAGGAUUUAUGGCAAAAAGGUUGCAGAGGUAGUUUUCGUGGCCACCAAGGAACAAUAUCGAAACAAAGGAAUGUGUCGUUCAUUGAUGAAUGAGCUUGAGGAACAGUUAAGUCUACUAGGAGUAAAGAGCAUACUUUUGCACUCAUCCCAUGAGGCUAUUGAGACUUGGACAAAAUCUUUUGGUUUUGCUAGAAUAACUGCUAAAGAAAGGCGUCAAUAUAUUGACAAUACUUUUUUAGAAUUUCAGAACACUAUCAUGUGCUUUAAACCACUGAAUAGACCUAUAUGGUCUUGCAUUGCUGGACGAUAGUUAUAUUAUGAUGGUCAGAGUUAUGUAAUUUUUUUAAUGAUAUAAUUUGGAACUAAUCUUUGUUUGUUUUCAAAUCGAUAUUUGGUGUUUGUCUAGUAUUUUGAUCUUUGUGGAUAUUCAUCCUUUUUGAACAUUGAAUAAAGUAUCUUGAGUCAUUAUUAGUCACUUUUAUGUGUAAAUGUUCAAUACAGUGUUACAAAUA